GAUCGUUUCGAUGGUUACUCACUAAUGGAGUGAAGUUUAUGUUGUGUAUUUGUAAUCCAUGAUCAGGCUUUUGUUUGCUGUGUUUCAAUAAUUUCGGAAUUGUUGACUAAAUUCCAGCAUAACAAUAUGUCAGAGGAAGAAGUGGAGAAUUUUGAAAUAACUGAAUACGAUUUGGAAAAUGAAUUUAAUAUUAACAGACCAACUCGCCGAAUAAGCAAACACAAACAAAUAUACGGUAUUUGGGCUGAUGACAGUGGAGAUGAAGAUGGAAGUGGAGGUUCCAGGCCAAGUUUUCGAGGUGCAGGCGGGCUAAGUGGAAAACAUAACUAUUCAACACCUGUUAGUUUUGUGUCAGGAGGAGUACAACAAGCUGGAAAACAGAAAGCACCCAAAAAUAAUAAAGACAAAAUUGGUGAUGACAGUGGAGAUGCUGAUGGUGAUGAGGAAAAUGAUGAUGAUCUGGAUGGCAGAAGAGGCAAGAAUGACACUCCUAAUUCAUCAAGUGAGUCUGAGGAAGAAGGCCCAGUACGUGCAUCUGCAAAGUUACAGUCACAGAAGCAACGUGUAUUGAACCUCGAUGGCGAAAUAGCUGGUCUGCGAAAGAAACGUCCUGUUUUCAACCCAGCACUUAUAAAUAAGGGAAUGGGAAACUGGGAGAAACAUACGCGUGGCAUUGGUGCCAAACUCUUGCUUCAGAUGGGUUUCCAACCAGGCAAAGGUCUGGGCAAGGAUCUUCAAGGCAUAGCAGCUCCAGUUGAGGCUCAUCUCAGGAAAGGCAGAGGAGCAAUAGGUGCGUACGGUCCGGAGAAAGUUCAGAAAGUGGCAGAUGUUCAGCCAGAUUCAGAGGAAGAAGAAGCAAAAGAAUUUGUGGAAAAAUUAUCCCAGUGGAGGAAGGGUGAUAUGAGCAAUAAGAAAAAGAAAGUGCGUUAUACAUACAAGAGCGUUGAUGACGUGUUGGAGCAAGGCAAAACGACUAGCAGUGGCAGGAGAGAAUACAGUCAGCUGAGUAAGGUGAAAGUGAUCGACAUGACCGGUCCGCAACAGAGGGUGCUGAGCGGUUAUCAUGCUAUUGCUGGACAGCAGCGUCCUGCUGACGAGUGGGAACUCCGCAAAGACAAGAAGUUCGUAAACUUUGCGUUACCUGAGCUUCAACACAACCUGAAUCUCCUGAUGGACAUGUGUGAGCAGGAUAUCAUCCAGAAUGAUCGCAAGUUACGGUAUACAAAUGACCGCAUUGUCAUGCUCGAGCAGGAAGAGUUGUCUCUGAAGAAAGUGAUCGAACAAGAGACUCGACAUAUAACAACACUGGAGUCUGUGCACAGUAUGGUCCAGAAGUUGAUAGACCAAACCAGUGACAAGUCUCAUCCACUUACAAUAGACAAAGCUAUUGAAGCAUUCAAAGAGCUGCAGGAAAAGUACUAUGAGGAAUAUCGUCUGUAUGAGUUGAGUGACUUAGCAUCCAAACUUGUUGCACCACUUAUAAAGGAUCAACUUAACAGCUGGUCACCACUUGAAAAUCCUCAGGAGCCAAUGCCAUUAUUCAAACAGUGGAAGGACAUCCUUGAAGUUGGACAAACCCAAACACUUACUAAUAUAUCAACACAAGAUCCAUACCAUUACUUGGUGUGGCAAGCCUGGAUGCCCAGCGUCAGAACAGCUGUCAACAAUUGGAACUGUCGAACGUGUGAACCCCUUAUUGAAUUUUUGGAACAUUGGCUUCCAUUAGUUCCCCCAUGGGUACUGGAUAACAUUCGGGACCAACUUGUUCUACCCAGAAUACAGCAUGAGGUUGAGGAGUGGAACCCAAUGACAGAUACUGUUCCAAUCCACGCUUGGAUACAUCCCUGGUUACCUUUGCUUGGAAAUCGUCUGGUUGUGACUGUCUACCCAGUCAUUCGCCACAAGCUGAGCAAAGCGCUUGUCAGUUGGCAUCCAUCAGACAGAUCUGCCAAACUGAUGCUGCUGCCCUGGCAUGGAGUGUUCUCACGGGGUGACAUGGAUGCAUUUCUCGUCAAGAAUAUUGUACCAAAACUGCAGCUCGCUCUGCAGGAGCUUGUCAUAAAUCCACAUCAACAGCAUCUAGAUCAAUGGCACUGGGUGAUGGAUUGGCAGGAAUUGUUACCAGUACACAAUUUGGCAUCACUGCUCGAGAGAUACUUUUUCCCCAAAUGGCUUCAAAUACUUACCAUGUGGCUGAAACAUGCACCAAACUACGAUGAAAUCACAGAGUGGUACAUGGGCUGGAAACGGAUGGUGUCCGAGUCGUUGCUGGCCCAACCUGCAGUGAAAGAGCAAUUUCGCAAAGCUUUGGAGCUGAUGAACCGUGCUGUGACAGCACCUGGCCAGUCAAUGGCUCACCAGCCAGGGGCAGUUGAAUCAGUGUCUUAUCUCACCAAUCUAGAACAGUCAUCCUCUGUGACACCUCCUCCAGCUCAGAGGGCAAAAGAAACAAGAUACGAGAUGCUUGCUGAAGCCGUUCGCACUGCAAGUCAGAUCCCACAAGGUUUCAAGGAGUUAAUACAGAAGCGUUGUGAAGAGAGAGGAAUCGUGUUCAUGCCCUUACCUAACCGAUACCGCGAAGCUAAGCAAGUGUAUCGCUGUGGGAAGAUCCAGAUAUAUAUUGACAGGAGUGUUGUGUUUGUCAGUGAAAAUGGUAGUGUGUGGAUUCCAACCGCGCUGAAUAAUAUGCUGGAUAUGGCUGCCUGAUA